CUGCUGCAUCGUUACUAUGGCCAGGCGACGCGUCAGUUCGUCGUUCUGUAUGUGAACAGGACACGUUCGGAACACUAUCUGCCCCUUGGCUUGGUCGACCCUCCAUCGAGUCCCGCCCCCGCCCCCGCCUCCGCCAACACCCUCACCAACUGUUGGUCGCCUUUUGCGAGCCCGCAAGCCGGACACGACAACCCAGUCGCCUCCUCGGGCUUUGCUUGCGUCCGACUGACCAGCUCGUUUCCAUUCCUCUCGACGGGCGCCCUGUCGCUGGGCCAGCUCACCGUAGCUCGUCUCCGACGCAACGCCUCCACAGCUACCGGCCCCAGCGACCAAAACAGCCCCGCACUCGCGGCCAACAUCGGCGCCAGCAUUGGUUGGAAGAGUAGUACUGACAACGGCUCCGAGAUCGGCUCCACGAGUGGUACCGACAACGUCAACAGCCACAGACUCUCGUCUGAGGAGAGUGGCGCUGGUGGUGGUGCGGUCGUCUCGGAGGCGGAUUUGCGUGUCUGCAGAACUCUGUCCCAUCCGGGCUUUCCGCAAUCUCCGGCCACCAGAGACAAGCAGGCCGAUGAGUCCUGUCCCGUCGGUCUGUUGUCACGACGACGCUGCUGGUUGUCCGGCCAGUCUGGCUCGAAGUGGCAGUGGCACUUGCCGAGCCUUCGACGCAGCUGCAGCAGCCUCGGUCAGUCGGGCACCAGACCGGCCAGGGAUGGUCCGGCCGACGGUCUGGAGGGACGUGUACCUGCCGAAGAGGAGGAGGAGGAGGAGGAGGAGGAGGAGGGUGAAGACGACGUCUUUACGGAGCCACGAUGGGCGCUGGAUGCUCCUGGUUCGAGUCGCGGUCGGGAGGAGGAUGAGCAAACGCUGUAUGCCCGUCGGGGGCUGAAGAUCGCUCCGCUGUCCGCACGACCGUCGACUCCGCGACUAGCCGGUCGCCUCAGACACCGGCGUUCGGCGCCAGCCUGUUGCCGACUCAACGCGCCCGUCGUCCUGGCAACCGAGUCAGAGUGGACAAGUCGGCAGGGCAGCGGCAACCGCGCAGACGGAUCAAGCCGAGAGACCGUUCGGUGCUAUUCGAGUCCCGGCUUCGAGGCGGACCGCUCGAGGGAGGCGUCGGCCGUUGCUGCUGCUUCUUCCGACACUAGCGUGCCCUCGCGACGGUUGCCGCCCGACUCGGACUCGCUUCUGGUCCGCCUGCGGCGUCGGUUGCCGCACCGCCGGUCGGGACUCGAGCUGAAGUCGCGAUGCCUGUGGCACGGGCUCUGGCCCGGCGUCGGCCGAGACGAGGCCCGCUGCUCGUGCCAGACACGACGACACGGACGUCAGCAGUUGCGUCAGUUGCAGCAGGACCGGCAGGCAACAGCACAAGAAGCCGAACUGCUGACGAGACCACCGCCGAACUAUCGCUGUCGGACGGAGCCAGACUCGGCCGACGCGUCGCAGACGCAGACGCAAGUUCUCCGCAAUCGCAUGUUGACUGACCUGCCUUGUUGCCAGGACUUUAGCCGAGCCCGAGACGCUUUUCUCGAGGGACUCUUCUCCACAAAACCAACGGAUUCUUGUGCCCACCCGAAUCCAGACCGAGUCGGAGACCGGUCCUUUGAGCAGUAA